AUGGUUUCUCAAAACACGCUCGGAAUCAUGGAACAGCAGAACCCUCAGGAGUUCAUACUGGAUGUCUUUACGGACCCGGCGUCCGUCCGUGACGUCGUCAGAGCCAUAUUACAUACCAUCUUCUUCCACCGUUUCUUCCCCGCCACCAUUCCACAGUCGCGCGAGGUCCUCGACAUCACCCUACCCUUUGUCCAGGACCAGGAGCUCGACACCAUGAUCGAGAAGCGCACGGCCGAGCUAGACCGCGAGCUGAGUGCUGAGAGGACACAUGCGCCAUACUCUGCGGGCGGAGUAUCCGUUGGGGGCGGCGGUCGCGGCAACAUAUCCGUUCAGUUCUUUGAGAAGAAGCGCAGGAAGACGUGGUACAUGCGCGCGGCGUACGGCGGCGGCGAUGAGGAGAUCUGCUGGGAGUCCUGGACCGUAAAGGUGACAGUGGCAGAGCCAAAAACAGAAAGUGAAAGAGCAAAGGUGCGGAAAGCCAUGGAACAAACAUUGCUUACGACGGUCAUGAAGAUUAUUACAAACGUCAACCAGCACAAAGACCACAUCCCACCGAUUCUCACAAGCGAGUCGAACCCGUUUCCAUAUCAGAUCAACGUCAACCAGAAAGACGCUGGUUGGGCCAAACGCAUAGGGAUCUACUGA